GUAAGUAAUGUAAUGCCUAAAACCCUUUCUUUUUCUCCCAUUCAAAACCAGAAUCAUAGCUAGACCCAGCUGAAGAAGAAGAAGAAGAAUCAUAAAGCAAACCCCUUUCAUUCCCAAUCCCAACCCCAUUUCCCCCCUUUUGCUUUUUAUCAAUUAUUAUUGUUUCAAUUUCUCCCCUUUUUCUAAUCCAAUAUUUUCUGGGUUUUGCUCAUUCAAUUCGUUUGUGGAAUUAGAUCUUAGAGAGUGAUAUGGACAAGGCUCGCCACGACCGAGAUCGAGUUGUCUGCUCUUCUUCUGGUGAGAGACCCGAGAAGCCGGAUGUUUUGACUGAGCAGCCACUUCCACCCAGAGAUGAAAGGAUUGUUUCUGCGAAUGCUUCUCCAGAUCCACUCAUUAUAGGGCACUCAAGCAAUGUCACAGGACAACGGGGUUCUCUUGAUGCAGGUGGAAGAGACUAUGGCACUUCCCACCAUUAUAAAGCUUACACUCCUAAUGAACAGAACAUUUCAUAUGCUGGUAGUUCGGGUUAUGGUAGCAACACUGGCUCUUGGAAUGCAUACUCACAAAAUGUUUAUACUGAUGGCUUGCAUGUUUUAUCGCCGGUUGUCUACAAUGAUAAUUCCUCUCUUGUCUUCCAUUCUGGUUAUGGCUUCAAUCCUGAAAUAGCAUAUGGACAAUAUUCUCCAGUUGCUACACCUAUGCCUCUUAUGGUAGAUGGUCAACUAUUCUCUCCGCAGCAGCUUCCUUUCUCUCCAUCCUAUUUUCACCAAACAGCGCCAAAUCUGCCUCAUAUUACUUCGGGUCUUCAAGUUUCACCAACUGAAUUGAUGACACCAGAAAGUAGUACUAUUGAUAACAUGUUUUUUGGGCCAGGAUCAGGUUACCUAGUCAAUUUUGGAUCGUUAGGCGGAGGAAACCUUUCUGGUAAUAUUCAUAAUAGUCCAGUGACAUCGCCAACAGUUUAUCCCCAACCAAUGGGCAUUCUUGGGUCGUACGAGAACAAUUUUGGGCAGCUUUCUCCCCAACAGAGACCAACCCAUGGAUAUGGUUUGGCGCCUGGUUCUCAUUAUCAUCAUGGCAGUUCAUAUCAGAGCUCUGGCUAUGGUGGUGCUUCGUUUCCUUACUCGGUUCCUAAUGGUCUGAAUCAAUUACCUCUUGACAAAGGCAGAAGAAGAGAGAGAGACCAAGACUCAAGUAGUGUUUCUAUUGAUUCCCGUGACAUCUUUAAUGAUCGUAAUCGGGGGCCAAGGGCAUCAAAGCAGAAGGGAAAGAGUGCCACUGAACAAGGUUCUUCAUCUGGUGCUACCAAAAACAACUUAUCUGCUUCUGGAAUUCUUCUUGAUUCAUACAACCGGUUGGAUUUUGUCACCGAUUAUGAGAAUGCAAAAUUCUUUAUCAUCAAGUCUUUCAGUGAAGACAAUGUUCACAAGAGUAUUAAAUACAAUGUUUGGGCUAGUACACCCCAUGGAAACAAGAAACUCGAUGUUGCUUAUCAUGAGGCAAAGGAGAAAAAUUCACGCUGCCCAGUCUUCCUUUUUUUUUCGGUUAACGCAAGUGGGCAGUUCUGUGGAGUAGCAGAAAUGGUUGGACCUGUUGAUUUUGAUAAGGAUGCAGAUUACUGGCAGCAAGACAGAUGGAGUGGACAAUUCCCGGUUCAAUGGCAUAUUGUUAAGGAUGUUCCCAACAUUCGAUUCCGCCAUAUUCUACUUGAGAACAAUGAUAACAAGCCUGUUACUCACAGUCGCGAUUCUCAAGAGGUAGGAUUUAUACAGGGUAUUGAGAUGUUGAAAAUUUUCAAGGAUCACGAUGCACGAACAUCUAUCCUAGACGAUUUUUACUUUUAUGAUGAUCGGGAAAAACUCUCGAGGGAUAGGAAGGCCAGACACCAAGCUUGCUCAACUUCAGACGGUACUGAUUCAUUGACUGAUAGCGUUGUUCAUGACGUGUCAACUACUUUUUCUCAAGCGCUGAAUCUGAAAGAGAGUAGCAACCAGGCACUAGCAUCCGAAGUUGGUGGUGCUAGUACAAGAAAAGAUGUUUCAGAAUCCUUAUCCCAAGGUUUAGGAAAGGAGGAGAGUGACAAAGAAGUAGUGGGAUCUAGUUCGGGUGGUAAUGAAUCCAUUGACAAGGAAGCAACUGUUAAGUAAGCUAGCUUCGAGCUGCGUUUUAGACACCAUAUCCUUCGGGGUCCUUUGCUUUGACCUAGUGGACUUCUCUUACCUUUGUUUUCAUUUUUCUUCAUUUCAUUUGCUGACCACAUUAGGGGUGGUAUUUUGGGCAUCUCUUGUGUGGUUCGGUGCAGUUAGGUAUUACGCCGGGUCCUGCUCCUCAAGGAGAGGGAGGGUGUUUGAUAUCUUACUUACAUACUCGUCUUUUAUUUUUCGUUUUCAUUUUUCUUCUUUAAAUUUUUCGUUUCUUAAAGUAGUCGGUUUUUAGGCUUUUCGCUGAAGUAGUCGAAUGGGGGUGGGGAGAGAGUGAACUAUGUAUACUAUGCUGAUGCCUAAUACCUAAAGUAGUAAGUGUCUGUCGAAUUCUUUGCUGGUUUUCUUCGGUCCGGCGAGCAAGGUUUUGUAAAGUUAUUAUGGGAGAAAGGGCAAAUCAAUAAAGAAAUUCAAAAUGUCUAAAGAAA